UCCGUAGUCUCUGAUUCUUGUUCCGGGCUGAUCGCUUGCUCGGUAUAUACGCGACAUCCUGAAACACAAAACUCACCUUCUCAAGCCCCGUCCAUCAUGACGCGCUCUUCAACAGCGCUGAUCGUCGCCCUUGCAGCUUGCUGCCACGCGCAGGGCUCUGCAAGACUACGUGACGAUCCUGCUAUUCUGCGACGGGCUUGUCCAGACUAUCUCACAUACUCCACAGCACCACACCCCCCAUACAGCGGAGGUCCUUUGAACCUACCCUUCCAACGACCAGCUCAGGAAUGUCGCACCUUCAGCUCUCCAGCGGUAGAACAGGUCAUUGAAGACAUCACCUCACGCAUAGAAGACAAAGAUCUAGCUCAAUUGUUCAAGAACGCCUUCCCCAACACCCUAGACACGACCAUCAGAUGGCACACAGACGGCUCCGCGGCGCAAGCAUCACGAAGGGCCAAAAGAGCCAGCUCGCAAUGGAACGGCCCCCAGACCUUCGUCGUAACAGGCGACAUCAACGCAGAAUGGCUGCGCGACUCAACAAACCAAUUGUCAGGCUACCAGGCGCUAGCCAAGAAAGACAAGAACCUGCACAACCUCAUCCUGGGCGCAAUCAACACGCAGGCUGAGUUCGUCAUCCAAUCCCCAUACUGCAACGCCUUCCAGCCGCCACCACCCAGCGGUAUCAAACCCACGGACAAUGGCCAGGACGACAAGGUCCACCCCGCAUACGAGCCGUCCGUCGUCUUCGAAUGCAAGUACGAGCUCGACUCCCUAGCCAACUUUCUCGCCCUCGGGACGGAAUUCUACGAAAACACUGCAUCAACCGAGUUCCUCACAGACCGCUGGUACCUGGCCCUGGACACCCUCCUGAAAGUCCUCGACGCGCAAUCACAGCCGACCUUCAACAACGACGAGUUCGUCACAAACCAGUACACAUUCCAGCGCACCACCACCCUGGGCACCGAGACCCUCAACCUGGCCGGCGUCGGUAACCCCCUGAACCACGGCACCGGACUCAUCCGCAGCGCCUUCCGGCCCAGCGACGACGCCACCAUUCUGGGCUUCUUCAUCCCGCCCAAUGCCAUGAUGGCCGUCCAGCUGAAGAAGACCGCAGAAGUGCUCCGCAAAGCAGGCGGCAAAGCCGACCUCGCGCAGCAGCUCCAAGACCGAGGCGAGAACCUCGACAAGGCAGUCCGCGAACACGGCAUCGUCAAUCACCCCAAGUUCGGUGACGUCUUUGCGUUCGAAGUCGACGGCUACGGAUCCCGCAUUCUGAUGGAUGACGCGAACGUCCCGUCUCUUCUUUCGCUCCCUGUCUUGGGCUACGUCGACAAGGAUGACAAGGUAUACCAGAAUACUAGGAAGAUGGUCCUCAGUAAGGACGGGAACCCGUAUUACUUCAAGGGAUCUGCUUUCCACGGUAUUGGUGGUCCUCAUGGUAUGACUCUCCUUCCCCCCGACUCCUUCAUCACAUUGGAAGAUAAUUCUAAUGAAAAUCGCACAGCCGGCCUCCAAAACGCCUGGCCAAUGUCCCUUCUCAUACAGGCCCAGACCUCCGACUCGGAUGCCGAGAUCAUCGAGUGUAUCAAUCUUGUCCGGAACUCAAGUCUCCUGGGCCUCGUGCACGAGUCGAUCGACGUGAAUAACAUUGAAAAGUAUACGAGGCCGUGGUUCGCAUGGGCGAACUCGGUCUUUGCUCAGACUAUUCUGAAGGUUGCAGCGGAAAGACCGCAUUUGAUCUUUGGGGAGGGGGCGAAGCCGUAUGUUAUUGAGUGA